CGAUUAUUUCGGAAGAUUUUCGCAUCUUCUUCCCUACCAGACCAGAGUCUCUCUUUCUCUCUCACACACACUCUCUCUCUCUCUGUUCCUUCUAGCGAUUCCGAAGAGAAAGAUGGCAGUCACGGCCUGAGUUAAUGGCGGAUUUUGGAUGCGGAUUUGAAGAAUCAUUUCCACAAGAAGAGGAGCCAUUGGAGGAAAGGAGCCUCAACCUCCUGAAAGACUCCAAAAUCGAUCAAGCUUUUGCGGAGGCAAAGGAGAAGAAAAAAGGAGGGAAGAAGCAUAAGGUGAAAUGGAUGAGGAGGCCGAUGGUGAUGCCCGAAGCCAUUCUCGAGUUUCUUGACGAAAACCUCCGUGAAAAUGCCAUUAGAUACCUUAGCAACUUCCUCAUCGAGAAAAGGGAGGAAGAUCCAUGUAUGUACAACCGUGCUGGAUUUUUGUUGUAUUUUUCCUGUGGUACGAUGGCUACUUUGCUACAGAAAAGGGAGGAAGAUCCAUGUAAUUACAACCGUGCUGGUUUUUUGUUGUAUUUUUCCUGUGGUACGAUGGCUACAUUGCUACAGGAGGUAGUGAGUUUUUACAGAAUGAUGUCGGAACAAGCACUAAAUGUGAGAUCCAUCAAGCGUCUUGCUAAUGUUCUUACUCUUUUCCAGUGUAUUGCAUCUAAUAAUGGAACAAGACAGAAGUUCGUUGAUGCCUGCAUUCCAGAUUACUUGAUCCCCUUGAUACAGUUCGACUGCACAAUAGAUGUGUUUGAUAACAUUCGUGCUAUUGCCCUUUCAGUUAUUGGAAUUUUAUGCCAGGCUGGAGAACCGUUUGUCAUUGAUUGGGCUAUUAGAAGUGAUGUCGCUGAACUCUGCCACACCAUUUUGGCGACUGCAAGCGAGCUUAACAAAGUGAUUGCGAUGCAUAUCCUUGAAGCCAUAAUGCGAGACAAUUUUGGAAUCUCCUAUAUUUGCAAUCCUUCAUGCCAGCUACUGAUUGGACUGAUGCAGACAUGGGAGAACUUGGUCAAUCUUCUCUCAGUUGACCAAGACUUUUCUCCUCGUCUACUCUUCCAUAUCAUUAGAUGCUACAUCAUGCUCUGCUCCAAUGAGAGGGGAUGUGACAUUGUUGUGCAAGGAAUUCCAGUUGCUCUUACCAAUGGUACCUUUUGUGACAUGAUAGAGGAGUUCCCAAUAAUUGGGGGAUUGCUUGUUCAGCUUCUCCUCUAUGUUGACAAAGUAAAUGAAGAAACUCUUCCAGAAAGAAGAGUGUGUAUGUUGUUCCUUCAAAAGGAUGCAUGCACGAAUGAUCUCUGCUCACCUGAUUCUGUUCCCAGUGCGAAAACACCUUGUAGGUCUACUGAUCUUGGAAAAAAUUCUUUGCCUGAGCUUCCAUUCGAGAAAAAUGAAUCUAACAUGUCAUUCUGAUU